AUGGGUACAACUUACUCUAAAUGUUGGCGAUUUCGCUCGAAAAAUGGAGAGAGUAGAAAUUAUCUCGGCAAGAUUAAUUCAUCUGAAGCUUUUCUUGAGGAAGCAAUAGUUGAUCAAGGCGGAAACGAACAUUCAGACGUAAAUAGCAUUUUCCAAAGUAAAACUCUGUUUCAUUAUGAAUCACCAGGUUACUCACCGAUAUUUGUAAAUGUCCUACAAAACAGCAAAUUAGCCAGAAAUGAUAGAACAAUGCAGCAUGUCUCAAGAUUCUACCAUCUUUCGGAGGAUCCUGCACCGGAAAACACAAAAUCCUACAGGAAAACAAACUUCCGAAGCAGGUCUUCAAGCGCGUUUCUACAACAUGAUAUGCAUGAUAGAACUCAACAUCACCCCAGACCAAAGCCGUACUUGCCAAUUUUCCCUUACAACUAUGGAGUGCGAAUGGUAAAAGAAAUAUUAACCAAAGCAGUAGAAAAUAGUGAGACAAUAAAUAAAACAAAUCCAACAAUGAAAAUCUACAAUAUCACAUACAAGGAUGACAAAGAAAAUAAUGUUGAAGGUCAGCAGAUACAAGCAUCAGCUUAUAAAACUUAUCCUGCCAAAAGUCUGCUGGAAAGAUCGAUUAGAAAGCGCAGAGUACGAACACUUUCAAGAACAAUGCCCCGUUCAUUAUCUAUCAAGAAACAAACAAAAGCAACAAAGAUUCAAGAAAAGUCGAAAGUAAGUCAUCGAAACCAGGCUUUUAUUAUCGCUGCCAAGACUAUAGUUUCAAACCGAGACCGAUCAAAAGGUAAUACGACAAGACCUUCAAGGACAAAACCUAGUACAGAAACUAUCAGAAAACAAAAGCCAGUGGCAAAAAGUCAUCAAGCAGAGACGUCAUCACAUGUCAUUUCUAUUGACACAAAACAGAUUAGAAGUGGCUACUCGAAAAGACAGUUAGAAAAUGAAAGGACUAAUUCCAUUGAAACUCCAUCAUCAACAACAAUCAUGACUUCGAAAUGUAUGGCUAAGAUUCCUCGACACACGACCCACGCUCCUUACAAAGUUCGCCUUUUUUUAAAGGAGUAUGAAACAAUUGAUAAUCUAGUUACCGAUCCAGAUGAUCAGAGAAUUGAAAUCAUUUGUGAUCGCCACAUGUGUAAGUUAGAUAUCUAUGAUAAAAGAGAAAUCGCUGGCUAUCUGAUAUACACUAUUGACAUUGAAUGUGAAACUAUGGCAUGGCUGAAGGAAUGCAUUCAGGAUUUAGACGCUGUCUUCGGUCUGAAAAUUUACUGGCAGUUUUAUGCUGCAUUAGAGAGAAAGUACCUUUCAUGA